AUGGCGAGCACAGCAAGAUUUGCUAAUACGGAAGCAUAUAAGUAAGCUAAAUUGGCAGAGAAAAUUCAUUAAAGGUAGUAUAUAUAUAUAUAUAUAAUAGUUAUCAUCAAACUUAACAAUAAAACUGGCAACUACAACAUAUAAAUAGUAAUAGAAUUGACCUGAAUUUGAUAAAUCAAAAUGAAAUUUAGUUUAAAAUAUGUUCAGAUAUAAAAGAUCCUGAAGAAUGUUCAAAACUUCAUCCUUCUGGAAUUGAAUGUCGAUGGGAUGGAUCUUGCAUAGCUAAGCAUUCUUCAAAUUUGAUUCCUGAGUUAAUACAUAAAGAAAAAUCUCUUAAGAAUAUAGACAAAUAAUUAUUUAGGGAUUAGUGUCGAGAAAUCUACGAAAGAACAAGUUGUUUAGUUUCCAAAAUAUAAGGAUUACAAUGUGUUUGGGUUAACAAUUAAUGUUUAGCGAACUGUAAUGCUAUAUCUUCUAAAGUAUCAAAAAAUAUAAAUUUAGGAUUAAUGCCUCAGAAAUAUUGUUAAUACAAAUGUCUAAAAAUGUUUGAUAAUAAAAAAUCAAAAUGAUAAUAAUUCUCGUCUAAAUUGUUCAGAACGCUUCUCUGAUUGCAAAUAUGAUGAUUUCAAUCAAUAUAGUUGCACUUGGUAAAACAAUUAGUGCUAAGUUGCUAUGUGUUAUUAAUUUUAAGAAGAAUAAAAGUGCAAUGAUUAAUUAUCUUGCAAUUGGCAUACUUCUUUGAAAAUGUGUUUAACAGAUGGAGAAUUCACAUAAUAUGAUAAACCUUGCAACAUUUCAAUGAACAUGUCAAUUUUAAGCUUAUUAGCUUCUCUUCUCCUUAUAUUUAAUUGA